AUGGAUCUUCCGGCCGCUCAUUUCCUCUUGCGGCACAUGCAAGCGGCACCGGCAUGGGAGGCGAUGUAUCUCCAUGGGCUGCUCCAUCGGAUUGAAGGAGAUUUGAACAAUGCGAGGGCAUGGUACGGAGAUGUGAAGGAGUCGGAGGUAUUCAGGUCGGUUUGGAGUGGGACGGAAUCUGGAGGAGACGACGCCUCGAACCAAACGACUUCGCCAGAGGCAGCAUUCCAGACUGCCAAGUCUUUCCUCGACCGGGUCGAGGCGUAUAAGAAUUCCCUCUUGUCAACAAAGUCCAGUUCGGGCGCUACCUCCUCGGAAAAGUAUUUUCCGGGAGAGGACGAGUUGGCGGAAGUCUCUCUGUGGGAGAUACGUCGUUUGUUAUCGUUCUGCGAAGAGAAAUUCGACACCAACCCCGUGAUGGAUGCUUCGAACGUCUGGGUAUCGAUGAAUGAAAAGCACGCUGAUAAAGCCGUGCAGAUGAUUACUGGGGGCGAAGGAUGGAGAGAGUUUUGA